GUUUUUUCAUACAUUGUAACGUUUUUUCAUAAUUAAGGGGAUCAAUAACGUUUUUUCAUACAUUGUAACGCAGGAGGGGAGAAGUAGGCAUUUUGCCUAUUGAAGUUGGAUUUCGAAGCUCCAACGCGCUCUGCAACUGAGGAGGCAUUUUGCCAAUUCUCGUUUUGGCUCCUCCACAUGUAGCCAGCGUCCUUAGCUAGGCAAAGCACUCUUCCCGCCAUUGUGUUGGCCUCCAUCGCUGCUUGUUCCUUCUCUGUUCCAGCCCAUUGAUGAUCACAGAGUUGCACACAAAGAAACAAUCACAGAGAGAGAGACAGAUAUGAAGGUUCAGAGUCGUACUCGUAGUCGUACUACAUACAGUAGAACAAGGAAGAAGAGGACUCCCAAAGGGAAAACUGAUUCUGUUGAUAUAUCCUCCGACCAUUCAGCAGAGGUUUGUGGAGAUCAAAUUGUGAAGCUUCAUUCAUGUCAGCCACAUAUUGCUGUGCACCCACAGGAAAAUCAGAUGGGAAAAAGUGUUGAAGAAGCUGAAGAUAAAAGGAGUGAGGAACUAGUUCUUCCGUAUUUGCAAGGUGGCUUUCCACGUCGCCAACGAUCAAAGAGGGGAGUAAACCACAAGAAUGUAUCCAAAGUUCAAAAUGCCGACUUUGACGGAGGCCAAAUUACAAAAGACAUUGCAAGUCAGCCACAAUUUGCAGCACGUCGGCCUGCACGUAAAAAGAGAAAACCUAAUAAAAAAGAUGAAGUGACAAGUGGCCCUGCAGUAGUUUACCGAUCUUCAGGUCGUGAACGGUCAAAGAGAAGAGUUGACUGUGAGAAAGGAAUCACCCCACAGCAAGGAAAGUUGGACACCAAUACGUUUGAAUGCUAUUUGGAGAGUUUAUGGAGGAGCUUUGGGAAUGAGAAGCGGAAUUUAUUUACGUAUCUUGAUUGCUUGUGGUUUUCCUUGUACACAAAAGAAUCUUCCAAAGCAAACGUGUUGAAUUGGAUUAAGAAGAAGCACAUUUUCUCGAAAAAAUAUGUCUUUGUUCCCAUUGUCCGGUGGUGUCACUGGAGCCUUUUAAUCUUCUGUCACUUUGGUGAAAGUCUGGAAUCAAAAAGUAGAACUCCAUGCAUGUUGUUGCUGGACUCACUGCAAAUGGCAAACCCAAAGCGGCUUGAACCUGGGAUAAGGAAGUUUGUGUUGGACAUAUACAAAUCAGAGGAGAGGCCAGAGAACAAACAGCAAAUUAAUCGAAUUCCUUUAAAAGUCCCGAAGGUGCCGCAGCAGAGAAAUGGUGAGGAGUGUGGCAAUUUUGUUCUUUACUACAUAAACCUAUUUAUAGAGAGUGCUCCUGAAAAUUUUAGCAUAAAUGAAGGCUACCCUUACUUUAUGAAAGAGGACUGGUUUACUCCUGAAGGCUUGGAGUGCUUCUGCAAAAGACUUGAUUCAUUUUGCGAGUGAAUUCUUUUUGUUUGGUCAGAUGCUCGUAACAGAGAACCAUAAUCAGUAGUGAUAUGGAUAGAUACAAAGGAAUGGCAUGAUCAUUUUCUCUGUAGGCUACAUGUUGAUGGCGGAAGAUGAAAAUUAAGUGCUAUGUUAUGUAGGUUGAUGGUGUUUUUUGUGGAAAGAUCAAAUGAGAGAUGAAAUGGAAUCAACAUUAGUAGUACUCCCUUGAAAAAUUUCUGAAGAACCAUGUUCUAUAUUUUCUUUUGGCUUUUAGUGGCAAUUUUUUAAAUCCAUGUACAUUGCAAUGGAAUUGCAACUGAAUUUAUUCGAGAUGCUUCAAUUUUAUACCGAUGUUGGAGUUCAAA